GAAGACGAUAGAUGUGGAUUAAAGCAAAGUAGAGGCGGAGGAAGAUCAACAACUAGGAGGAGUAGGAAAGAGCAAAAAAAGAAGAAAAGUUUCAGAAAAAGUAAAUGCUAUUGAGAGAAGGAGAGCAUCUUAUCUCCUUUUUCUCAACAAUGAGAUAAACGCAUUAUAAAAAACCGAAAGAAAGAACAAAGAAGAAGAAGAUAGACAUACUUUUUCUCUGGUGCCAAACGUUUUUUGAAAGGCACAAACAAACAAAAAAAAAGUGAUCGAUCUUCUCUCACACAGCUUUUUGGCUGUCUGAUCUAGUUUAGAUUAGGUUUGUAUUUAUAAACCAGAGAGAUUCUACAUUUUUGCGGCGUUUAAUAAAUAUUAGAAUUUGUGUUAGUACAAUUUCAGAAUGGCGAUGUACGAGCCUAUUAGAGGACACGAUGAAGCAGAAGAAGAGAAGAAGAAGCGUGGAGUGGAGUGUUGUUCUGGAGAUGUACACGUAGAUGGAGUAGUAGAUGAUGUUGAAAUGGCUAUUCAUUCGAGAUCCAGCACCUCUGCUACUAGUAAGAUUGAAGAUGAAGGCUCUAAGCAAAGGCGCCUCCACCAACACCAACCACCCCCAAAACCACAAUCACAACGUCUCGUUUCGCUCGACGUUUUUCGCGGUCUCACUGUUGCGCUAAUGAUACUCGUGGAUAAUGCUGGUGGAGUCCUCCCUGCUAUUAAUCAUUCACCUUGGAAUGGUGUAACCCUUGCAGAUUUUGUCAUGCCAUUUUUCCUCUUUAUUGUUGGUGUUUCACUCGCACUUACCUACAAGAAAUUGUCAUGCAGUACGGUUGCAACUAGAAAAGCAAUAGUGCGGACUCUAAAGCUUUUACUACUAGGCCUUUUCUUUCAAGGUGGUUUCCUCCAUGGCAUAAAUAAUUUAACUUAUGGUGUGGAUAUUGAACAAAUAAGAUGGUUGGGUAUACUACAGAGAAUUGCAAUAGCGUAUCUGCUGACAGCUUUGUGUGAGAUUUGGUUGAAGGGUGUUGAUAAUGUUAAUUCAGGAUCAUCUCUUCUCAGGAAAUAUCGAUUUCAGUGGUUUUUCGCCUUGAUGCUUACCACUCUAUAUCUUUUCUUGUUAUAUGGCUUGUAUGUUCCUGAUUGGGAGUAUCAAAUUCCAAUAAAAUCCUCCUCAUCUGCACCAAAAAUGUUUUCUGUGAAAUGUGGAGUGCGUGGUGACACUGGGCCAGCUUGUAAUGCUGUUGGAAUGAUCGACCGUAAGAUAUUGGGUAUAAAUCAUUUAUACAGAAGGCCAGUCUAUGCACGAACAGAGCAAUGCAGUAUUAACUCCCCAGAUUAUGGCCCAUUACCGUCUGAUGCUCCAUCGUGGUGUCAAGCCCCUUUUGAUCCUGAAGGGCUUCUAAGUUCAGUGAUGGCCAUUGUUACCUGCUUGGUUGGUUUGCAUUAUGGGCACAUUAUUGUCCAUUUUAAGGUGAUUCAUAUUCAUGGCAUAGCACGUCUUCCUUUUGUCACUGAAGUUUUUUCUUUUUUCUCACCAAUUUUUAUUCAUUCCCACAUUCAGGACCAUAAAGAUAGGAUCUUUCACUGGAUGAUUACAACCUCUUGUCUCAUUCUCUUGGGCCUUUCCUUGGACUUAUGUGGGAUGCAUUUAAACAAGGUUCUUUACUCAUUCAGUUACAUGUGUUUCACUGCUGGUGUUGCUGGCAUUCUCUUUGCUGCAAUUUACUUGAUGGUUGAUGUGUGUGGCUAUAGGCGCCUGACCUUGGUGAUGGAGUGGAUGGGUAUGCAUGCUCUGAUGAUUUAUAUUAUUGCAGCCUGCAAUAUCGUGCCAGUUGUCCUCCAGGGAUUCUAUUGGGGCCGGCCUCAGAAUAAUAUUCUUAGGUUAAUUGGAAUUGGAUCAUGAAAAUUUGGGUUACACUUACCCCUGCAACUAUACUUUCGGUUUCAAGGUCAUGAGGCUGGUGGGCCACUUAGCUGUAUCUUGCUGAUUUUGGGUAGUCACCGGUGGAGCUAAGCAAGAAUUUUGGAGUUGGAUCUUUGCACAAUUAGAGGGAAACUUUCUUCUCUUCUUUUAUGAAUAGACACAAUCUCUACAAUUGAGCUACUUUGUAAAUAUGUAGGCACGCCAUUGAAAUUGGAGAACUUAAAAUCAGGUCACUUCUUGAUGUUUAUGGGAUGUUUUGUCAUAGGAUGCUUCAGCUUAGUACGAUGCAACCUUUUAUGAUGGUA